AUGAGACCUAUUCCCUGGUUUGUUAGAUUGGGCAUUGAUGUGUCCAUAUUCACAGUUCCUAUCAUAUUAUUAGCAAGUUAUCCAAGGUUGGGUACACAUUUUCUUAACAAUAGAAGAAGAAAGUAUAGAAGAAGAAAUUUCGAUGAGAUAUAAUACAGAAAUGAUAGCACCUUAUCAAGUGAAGAAGUGAUCAGCUUCAGAUAGAGACUUGGAUUUCAAGACUUAAUUUGAAAGAUGAAAUACAUAUUAAAUCAAUAUAAUUCCUUUGAAUAAUGUAG